ACCAUCUAGCCAUCAGAUCAAACAAUCCCCAAACGCCUCCGCCUCCGCCUCCCUAGGGUUUUGCUCUCGGCUCGUCGGAUCCAGUUCGGGGGAUCCUCCAUGGCGUCGCGUCCGUCGCUGAAGUCGAAGCCCAAGGGCAAGGGCGGGAAGAAGGCCACCGCCGACGACGAGGACGCCACCGCGGCGGCGACCACGGUGCGGCUCAUGAAGGAGUGGACCACGUGGACGAUGAAGAAGGCGAAGGUGGUGGCGCACUACGGCUUCAUCCCCCUCGUCAUCGUCAUCGGCAUGAACUCCGAGCCCAAGCCCUCCGUGUUCCAGCUCCUCUCCCCCGUCUGAUCGGAUCUCCCCGUCAGGGCCCGGAUGAGGUCGGUCCGUAGUAGUUUGUAGCUGGUACUUCAUUUGCUUACAUAUGUCCGAGAUCGAGUUGAAGAAGGUGGAUCAUGCUUUCUGGGCGAAUUUGAAGGAUUUGGUUUAAUAAUUUUGUAGUGGCGGAUGUCUUCUAUACAUCGGAUCAAAAAUGUCUUGGUUAUGUGAUCUGCAGUGCUUAUGAUUGUAUGAACUA